CGCGGAAGUGCAGGCGCAACGCGUCUGGUUACCGUAGCAACAGAGCUGCUGGAAGCGCUUCAGCCAUGAGUCCCGUACGGCCCCGGUUCUACACCCCACGGGAGGUGUCCCGGCACUGCAUCGUCAGCGACCUGUGGGUGUCCUACCUGGGCAGGGUGUACGAUCUGAGCCCUCUACUGGAGCUGCACAAGGGUGACGUAUUGCUCAAGCCAAUCAUUGAAGCCGCGGGCAGGGAUAUCAGCCAUUGGUUCAAUCCCAAGACGGGAGAUGUAAAAACCCAUAUUGACCCGCAGACUGGGUGCCUGAAGUAUUACACCCCCCAGGGGCGCUUCCUGCACACAGCACCCAGCUUUCCCUGCUCAGGAUGGGAUAAUGACUUUGGGCGGCCCUGGUGGAAGGAGAGCACCUAUCAAAUUGGCAUUUUGUCCUCGAAGACCAAGUUCAUCCGCAUCAUUAACACUUUAACAUCUCAGGAGCAGGCGUUAGAGGUUUGCUCGGAGGAGACCAUACGGGAGAUCCUGGGGCGCUACCUGCCCUAUAAUGGCCACGCCGGGAGCUACACGUGGAAGUUCUGUGGGCUCCCCCUGGACAUGGACAAGACCCUGCAGGAGAAUGGGGUGUGGGAUGAAGACGAGGAGUUUGAGGAGCUGAAGAUCGCCAGUGACCUGUACACGCCCAGUAUCCACCUGUACUUCAACGACGACCUGACGGAGCUGUGACCAGUAAAGCUGCAUUGUAUGAUGGGCCCUCCCCCAAUGUGCCCUCCUACAGGGGGCGAUAGUGGGAUAAUCCCAUCAUUGGGCCCUAGGGGGGUUAAACACAGAAUUUAGUGCCAGUUACCCCUAGAGCUGCCCCCACUCACGUAGCCAAAGGAUCUGUUUCAUUGUGUGCAGCGGCCAAUGUAACCAGUAGCACACAGCCAAACAGGGACAUCUCUAUAGCCAAUCAGAUUGCAGGGUACGGCAGCCCGGCGCUACUGAUAGGAAGGCAGGGACGGUGCUUGUGCCAAUGAGCAGGUGCCAGAAUAAUGAAAUUGAAAUAAACCCUCGUUGCCAGCG